AUGAGUUCCUCUCCAAGUCAACCGCAGGAAAGCGCCUCAAAGGACCGCAAGCGCAUCACCGAUCGUCGGGCCCAGAGGAACCGGCGCGAACGGAUUAAGCUGCACAUCUCGCGACUGGAGAAACGCGUGGAAGAGCUCACGGAUGCGUCGGCCAACGGGGAGUCGGCACUGCUGAAGAAGCUGGAAGAAAAGCAACUGGAGAACGCGCGUCUCGCUGAUAUUAUCAAACAAAUCCAUGCUCUCACAGGAGAUGCAAGAGAUGCAUCGAAGGCGUCGGUCUCCCCUGCACCAGAAGUACCACGCGGUCAACCGCAGCGGAUCAGGUCUAGAACCCCAGAGACACAAUCCCCGGAUGGAGCGGACAUCAUCGCCUCAACGCAGCCUACCCAGCAGUUGACCCAUGAGGAUGACACCGUUAAUGCCAAUCCCUCGCCGUACCAUGAGCUUGUCUGUGGGACGGGCUUUGGGAACUACUUUGCUGUGGUCAACAGCUGUAUCACAGGGAUCCUUAGAACCGCCGACUCGAUUAUCUCCUCGGCAGAGGACGAUGAUGACCUCGCCAUCCGAGCCAUUCUCCAUGGUUGGGAAAGUUCCUGUCCGCUUUGUGUUUACCAGACACUGACCCUCAAUAGUGGAAUGCUGUACCUCCCAAGCGAUCAGAACGUCAUGUUCCCUCCUACAUGUGUCCAACGCCGGAUCUUCGUGACCACCUGA